CAAUCAUAUGCAUAUAAUGCUAUCUCCCUUCAAGAUCCAAACACUGGAAUAUGGGUAGUCCGAUGGACUUCGGGGUUAUCAAAAAUGAUAAUACAUAGAGGCUGCCCACAGCCCAGAUAUAUAUACCCUCUCACGGUAUAAUAUCUACCCAUAUGAAAUCUCAAUCCAAAACAAUAAUAACGACUUGCCUAUACUCAAAAUGUCCCUUGUCUGGCUCAUAACCGGAACAUCGUCUGGCUUUGGCCACGAAUUCGUCACUCAAGCCCUCGACCGUGGCGACAAGGUCAUCGCGACAGCACGCAAUAUCUCCAAGAUAUCGAACCUGAAGCAGCUCGGUGCUGAAAUCAUGGAACUCGAUGUCACAUCCCCACAGGCAGAACUAAAUACCAAAGCCGCCGAGGCUGUAUCGUUCUUUGGAAGGAUAGAUGUGCUUGUUAAUAACGCAGCAUAUACCCAGUUUGGGUUUUUGGAAGAUAUGAGUGAGGACGACUACGUGAAGCAGUUUACGACCAAUGUCUUUGGAACCAUCAACACGACUCGAGCAUUCUUGCCUCAUUUCCGCUCUCGCAGGGCCGGGACUGUGGUUAAUAUUGGUUCUAUGUCUGCGUGGGAGACAUAUCCUGGUGUCGGGGCGUAUUCAGCUUCCAAGGCCGCUCUUCGCUACGCCACAGAUGCACUCGGUCAGGAGGUCGCAUCACUCGGUGUAAAGACCCUCCUUGUUGAGCCUGGCCAGUUCCGCACGGAGCUUUUGAGUUCUCGGAAUAGCAUGUUCGUUGAGACGGACAUUGCUGAGUACAAGGAAGUGGCUAGUGCCACGUUUGACGCAUUUCGCAAGGUGCACGGGAACCAGAGAGGAGAUCCAGCCAAGGGGGUAGCUCGCAUUAUAGAAGUUGUUCGAGGGGAGAAUGAAGCCGCUGGGAGAGUCUGGCCAAAGGACCUGGCUCUCGGACCAGAUGCAGUUGCAGUGAUUCGCAGGAAGUGUGAGGAGACGUUGAGGUCUCUGGCUGAAUGGGAGGAUCUUUCUACUGGGACAGACUUUGUCUGAAUAGGUCAUUAGUGGAGGAUUUGGUAUUCUCUUACAUACUGCUACAGCCGCUUUCAAUAAAGCUGUAGUAUAGCUUCAACAUUCAUUUUUCUUUAUUUAACACAAGGCCAAAGUCUGUCCUUUCUUG